CCAACACUCCCCACGUCUCCCUCCAAACAAAAAACACACAAACACCUUAUCUCCAAUCCAACCACAAGGUAAUACACUAAGUAAAGUUAUCCAAUUCCCUGUUUGGCAGAGAGCUUCCAAUAUUCCUCAUCACCACCAUCCAUGGCACCUGCAUUGAGCUGCAAACUCCGUCACACACCCUACAGAUGUAUCAAGAGAGUUCCGUACAUUUCUUGCUCCAUGCAGCAGCCCUCUCAGACCAAUAUUAAGGUGAUCAUAAAUGGAGGAGCUAAGGAAAUUGGUAGGGCAGCUGUGGUUGCUGUGACAAAGGCAAGAGGGAUGGAGGUGGCUGGUGCAAUUGACUCUUAUCUUGUUGGAGAAGACAUAGGAAAGGUUUGUGACAUGGAGGAGGCUUUGGAAAUACCCAUAAUGAAUGACCUUACUAUGGUUCUAGGGUCUAUAUCCCAGUCAAAAGCAAGUGCGGUUGUGGUGGAUUUCACCGACCCUUCAACAGUUUAUGACAAUGUCAAACAGGCAACAGCAUUUGGAAUGAAGAGUGUAGUCUAUGUGCCCCGUCUCAAAAUGGAGACAGUUUCUGCAUUAUCAGCAUUCUGUGAAAAAGCCAGCAUGGGUUGUAUAGUAGCUCCAACUCUGUCCAUCGGAUCCAUUCUACUUCAACAGGCUGCAAUUUCAGCCUCUUUUCAUUACAACAAUGUCGAGAUUGUUGAAUCAAGACCUGCUCCUGCUCUUGAUUUUCCAUCACAGGAUGCAAUACAAAUAGCAAACAAUAUCACCAACCUUGGUCAGAUGUACAAUAGAGAAGAUAUUUCAACAGACAUUCCGGCGAGGGGUCAAGUUAUUGGGGAAGAUGGAGUGAGGGUGCACAGUAUGGUACUUCCUGGCCUCCCAUCCAGUACAACAGUCUAUUUUUCCCGACCAGGCGAGGUUUACACCCUGAAACAUGAUAUCACAGAUGUUCAAUCUCUCAUGCCAGGACUACUUCUAGCCAUCAGAAAAGUUGUGCGCCUCAAGAGUCUAGUGUAUGGUUUGGAGAAGUUCUUGUAGAAACCAAGCAUCAAUGAACUUCAUAUUGCACUGGAAUUCUGAUUUCUAUGUUUGAAGGUGGGAAGAGCCCAUUGUUAUCCUACAACAUGAGGGAAAAA